AUGUGCUUUGCAAAAGAUCAACAACGUGACAGAAGAUGGUCUCAAACUGAGAUUGUUCCCAUUUUCCUUGGGAGGAAAGGCUCUAGCUUGGGAAUCAUCAAUCCAACCGGGAACAGUCACGACAUGGGAGCAAUGCAAACACGCAUUUUUGGCCAAUUCUUCCCGACUUCACGUACAGCUCAGUUGCGGAAUGAGAUUGCGAGUUUCAGUCAACUAACGGGUGAAACAUUUGCUGAGGCUUAUGAGCGUUUCAAUAGUUAUCAAAUGAGGUGUCCACACCAUGGCUUCUCCAAAGAGAACCUCCUAAGUCUCAUCCUCGUCGAGAAUAUUGCGCUUGGUGAUGGGAACUAUUCUGAGGAGUAUGACCGCAAUGACAGAGGAAACUCAGUCCAAGAUGAAAAGCACAGAAAAGAGCUCAAGACCCUGAAUGACAAGCUUGACAAGAUCUUGACUGGACAGCAAAAGCAGGUUCACUUUGUUUGUGAAGAUGACGUGAACCAAGAGGAGGAGGAUCCACAAACAGAGGAAGUGUGCUACAUGAGCAACCAAUGA